UUCUCAAAAAAAAAAGUGUUCUCACACACCACCACAUUCGAUCACUUGCUUUCCCUGGUAUGUAUGAUUUUUCUUUUCUAAUUAUUGAUUUUCAAAAACUUCUAUCAUGCUUAGGAGCAUAUUUUUUUGGGAUCAAGAUCGUCUGAAGUUACUUGUGUGCAGUUUUUGUGAAGUUCGUUAGAUCAUCAUCUUACAAGUAAUCUCAUGGAUUUUAUUAUGUCACAUCAUCUAGUCUUUAUUUUUUAUUUGUGGUUUUGAAAAAACGUUAAAGUUGCCUUCUGCAUCCAAACAAAGAGCAAACCCUAGGUUCUUCCAUUCACGAACUGGAAGUCUGGAUCCGCUUUCUCAUUCUUUCUCCUUCUCUUCCUCUUUUCGUCCAUUCUUUCUCGUGAAACAUUAAAGGGUUUUCAGAGUUUAAUUUAAAUGGUAGUUUUCUUUUCUCUUCAUCAUAUAAUUGUAUCUGGCAAUUUGAUUUGAAUUUGUCCUUGAGUUUUCAGCCUCAAAUCUUAUAACUACGUUAACAAUAAUAAUCUUGUUUGUUCUCUCCAAACGGUUUUGAUUCGGUGAUUAUAUCCGGUUGAAUCACGAAGGUAGUCUCCCGGUCCCUUUUUAUUGUAUCGAUUUACUUUUUUACUAAACCUAACGUUAAAAAAGCACUGAAGUAUGAUAGAAUUUUGUUUAUUUUCUUGGUGAUGUGAGAAUUACUCCUCUGUUACUAUCAGGUGAAGAGAACAAAAGCCAAAAAAAAAAAGGGAGUAGCCUAUUUUGAUACUCAUGGCGGAUCAGCUAAUGGAUCUCCCGCAUACCACAGGAGCAAGUUUUGCAAAGACUUGCUUCAAUGGGUUCAAUGCCCUAUCAGGAAUUGGAUUGCUUACCACCCCUUAUGCACUUUCAAAAUCUGGAUGGUUAAGUCUUGGUCUUCUUCUAGUUAUGGCAAUAACAACUUGCUACACUGGAAUCUUGCUCACCAAAUGCUUGAACACGAAUAGAUCAAUGAAGACAUAUUCUGACGUGGCUUUCCGGGCAUUUGGGCGAAAGGGCAGAAUAUUCGUUUCCAUUUUCUUAUACCUAGAGGUUUACCUAGUCCCAACAGGAUUGCUGAUAAUGGAGGCUGAUAAUUUAGUUAAGUUAUUCCCACACCUUGGAGUCAAGGGAGUCAAUUUCGGUGGACUUCACGUGGCAGGAAAACCAUUUUUCACAAUGCUUGUGGGUCUGAUAAUAUUACCUUCGAUGUGGUUAAAGGACCUGAGAUUGCUUUCCUACAUCUCUUUAUGUGGGAUACUUUCAACCAUUGUUAUCAUCAGCGCCAUUGUUUGGGUUGGUAUUGAUGAAGUAGGGUUCUCCGCAGCAGGAGAGAUAUUCGAUUGGAAAGGACUUCCUACUGCUCUUAGUUUGUAUGCAUUUUGUUAUGGAGCUCAUCCAGUCUUUCCAGUCCUAUAUUCUUCAAUGAAACAAAAAAAUCACUUCUUCAAGGUUUUGCUCAUCACUUUUUUCCUAUGCACUGUAAACUACAUGCUGGUGGCGAUUCUUGGCUAUUUGAUGUUUGGCAAGAAUGUCCAAUCUCAAGUGACACUGAACAUGUCUACAAAACUCAGCUCAAAAAUAGUCAUAUACACCAGUUUAGCUGCUCCGAUGGUUAAGUAUGCACUGAUAAUCUCACCAAUAGCAGAUGCCAUUGAGAUGAAUUUACCGAGUAAAUGGAAAAGCAAGCUGGUUUGGAUACUCGUAAGGACAUUGUUAUUGGUUAGCACAGUUGUAGUGGCUUUAGUUUUUCCCUAUUUUGAGUCACUAACGGGACUUGUUGGAGCAAUUCUUUGCGUAACGAUUUCCAUCUUGCUUCCAUGUAUUUGCUACUUGAAGAUAUUUAGUCUAUACCAGAAGUUUGAUGUGGAAGUUUUGAUUAUUGGAAGCAUUAUGGUUAUGGCUGUAGCUGUUGGUGUGAUGGGCACAUAUGCAUCUGUUAAAACGAGAGAGUGAUGUUUUUUCUACCAAAUGUUCUGGAUGUAGACCUGUUCGGUAUAAUGUUUUUCUCCAUCCGUGGACGUAUGAGGAUGACUGUUCUGUCGAAGUCGAUCUAAGUUCAUGAAGUUGUACUUGCACAUUGGAUGGCCGGUUUAAAGUUACAAAAGUUCGGAAUUUCUUUCUCUGAUCGAUUAGUCUAAUAAGUAUUCUCAAGUGUUUGCAUUUCAAAACCAAGAAUUCUAUUCCAGCAGAUAUCAGACACGACCUUUAAAUAAUUAACCUACAUUUUGUAGUUUCCAAAGAACACAGACAUAUAAGGAGCAGAGAUCGAGUAAGAAGGACUGUGACGAGUUGACGACUGUCAGUAAUUACAGAGGAGAAUAAUUACCUAUCUGCAAAAGACCAGUACUUUGAAAAAUGGUUUUGAUCGAGUUUGAUUCUAUUUCCUCGAACCUCCUCACACACGGUUAUAUAGAGUUAAUUAUUUCGUUAUACUUCUCUUUCUCUUAUGUAGGCAGUAAUAUAGAGGACCCUAAUAUAGAUCUGUGUUUUUUUAUUUUUUAUUUUUAUAAUUAUUAUGAUUUUGUUUGGAAUAUUUUUGUGGUGGUUAUUGCAAAGAAAAUAAAACU